AUGAAUGAAAAAUUUUCGAAACUAUCGUUGAAUUCAGAAGCAGCAACGGAAAGUACUAACCCCGUGGCUUCUGCUAUUGAGAAUAAUGGUUCUUCUGGUUCCUUGAAAAAACCAAUGUACAGUUCGUCAGGUGCCAACGCUUCUUCUUCUUCUCAGUAUAGUAAUAUCAAUGCUAAUCUGCAAGCUAGGGUCAUUGCAUUUCAAGAACAAAGGGUUUUGAAGAGAUCUAAUAGUGAAAAACACGUCAAGACUCAAAAUUCAAGCUCGAGCAGUCCAACUGAAAGUCUUUCAAGAAAAACUAGUGAUAAGAGAAAUAGUGAAAUGAUCAUGAAUCGUACAUCUGUCCUGAGUGGAAGUAAUGUAACUAAUGUUACUACUGAGACUACUACCAUUGAAAGUCAGAAUAUUCAACAGAUAAUAAACAAACCACUACCACCAUUGCCUCCAUUGAAUCCUCCUUCAAGUCCAGAGAAAUCGAUAGCUUCUGAUGUCAGUAAGCAAGUGGGUGAUAAUUUAGCAACUAUGGAAAAAAAUACCGCUAAGAAUAUUCCUUCCGGUAAAAAACCUAAAUUAAAACUACCAACGGGUAGCGAUUUGAAUCCUAAUAGAACUGCACCACGUAGACCACCCUCCAUAAUUAGGCCAGUGCCUGGAAGUCCAACCACGGCAUCCCCUUCAAUAACUCCAAAUUUUAAUAGAAAGCCAAGUUUAAUGGCUAGAAGAGGCUUGCAACUACCAGGAGGUGGAAUGUCAUUAAAACAAUUGGCAAAAACACCUCCGGAAAAUCCUAAACAUCAAGAAUUUGAACCUGUUCCUUCUAAUAAACAUCUAUCAACCAAAAGUGAAACGGCUGGUCAGAGGUCAAAUCCUGGUUCUUUGUUAAAUGCAGUUCCAAGAACGUCAACAUCUUCAAGUACUGAUGAUAGAACUGAUACAGCUGGAACAAAUCCGGAAUUAGAGAACAGUGUAAAUAAAAAUAUAGCUAUCAAUAGCACUGGAAGUAAUUCAGGAGGUUCAAGUGGUUCUGGUGGACUGUUUGCAAACUUUUCAAAAUAUGUUGAUAUCAAAUCUGGUUCUUUGAAUUUUGCAGGCAAACUAUCUUUAACAUCUAAAGGUAUUAAUUUUAAUAACGGAUCAAGUUCAAAUAUUACAUUAGAUGAACUGGAAUAUUUAGGUGAAUUAGGCCAUGGUAAUUAUGGUAAUGUAUCAAAGGUUCUAUAUAAGCCUACUAACGUGAUCAUGGCUAUGAAAGAAGUAAGAUUAGAAUUAGACGAAACAAAAUUUAGACAUAUAUUGAUGGAAUUAGAUGUUUUACAUAAAUGUAAUUCGCCAUAUAUCGUCGAUUUUUUUGGCGCGUUUUUUAUCGAAGGUGCCGUUUAUAUGUGCAUUGAAUAUAUGGAUGGAGGCUCUUUGGAUAAAAUAUAUGACUAUUCGUCAGACGAAAAAGGUAUAGAUGAACCACAAUUAGCUUAUAUUACAGAGUCUGUGAUUAGAGGUUUACAUGAGCUAAAAGAAGUACAUAACAUCAUUCAUAGAGAUGUUAAACCAACUAAUAUUUUAUGUUCAGCUUCCCAAGGAACGAUCAAAUUAUGUGAUUUUGGUGUCUCCGGUAAUCUAGUUGCGUCUCUUGCCAAAACUAAUAUCGGGUGUCAGUCAUAUAUGGCUCCAGAACGUAUUAGAUCUCUGAAUCCAGACAAAUCCACAUACUCGGUACAAUCCGACGUUUGGUCAUUGGGUUUAAGUAUUUUAGAAUUAGCAUUAGGUGAUUAUCCAUAUCCACCAGAAACAUUUGAUAAUAUUUUCUCACAAUUAAGUGCAAUUGUAGAUGGUCCUCCACCAAAACUUCCAGAAAGAUUCAGUCCGGAGGCUCAAGAGUUUGUCACAUUAUGUUUACAGAAAAAUCCAGAUAGAAGGCCAACAUAUACUCAAUUGUUGAUGCACCCAUGGUUAUUGAAAUAUAGAGACGUUGAUGUCAACAUGAAAGAAUAUAUCACCGAAAGAUUGGAAAAGAGAAAAGAAACUUUGGUGGAUACCGAAGUUAGAAAACCAGCAUUACAUAUGGGAGGUUUAUAG